AUGGAGCUUCCGCCCGAUGCCCAGCGGGGCAAAAGCCGCGCGGCGGCCGUGAGCCCGUUGGUGCUGCGCGAAAUCGUCGCCGUGCGACGCGCGCAUCCCGAGCUCGCGAACGAGCACAUCGCGACGGCCGUCAACGCGCAGUACGGCACGCGGCUCGGCAGCAGCGACAUCGAUCGACUGUACCGAAAGGCCACCGUCGAAAGCAGCGUAGGGAAGAAUACGUUCGUUCGUUAUAAGAACGCGGAGCUUGAGGCGGAGUUGGCGCGCUGGACGCGCGAGAGGCGGCUCCGUCUCGAAGCGAAAAGGGCGGCGCGGGGGAAAGGGGAGGUCCAGAGGUCCAGCAUCGUGGCCUUCCUGCAGAAGUACGCGCGGCGCGUCGCAGAGCGGUUCGGCGUGCCUCCUCUGUUCGAGUUCGAGCGCUGGUGGUGCUGCGAAGUGCUGCGCGACGCGGGUCUCGACGAGUGCGGCGAGGAGGUGGGGACGCGCGCGGGGAACGAAGGGGGGACGCGCAGUGGGAACGAGGCGGAAACGCGCGACGCGCAGGGGGAGAAGCAGGACGACCGCGUCGCACGCGAUAACGGCGAGGCGUCAGACUCCGCUAGUGCCGGCGAAGACGGCUCAGGAGGAGCUGCGGCAGGCGAGCUGCGUGCGGACAGAAGCGGCGGGGGCGAUGAGGGCAGAGAGGUCGACGACGCGCCGCAGGUACCUGCGGGCGCACCGUCGCGGGCGCGGGGCAGCGCCGUCGCGGCCAUCCGCUCCAUCGGCGCAAGCAGCAGCAGAUCGCCUUACGACGGGUCGGGCGCAACGGCGAGCGCGCUAGCAGCGCGCGUGCGGUACGAGGUGGCGAUGCUGGCGUGCGUGCGGCCGUUCCUGAGCCCGCGGAUCGUGACGGCCGCCGUGCACGCGCGCUACGGGCUGUGGCUCAUGCCUAAACACGUCCGCUACAUCGUCCAGGAGAGCAGGCGCUGGGUGCGCGCGGACGCGGGGGGGGGAAGCGCGCCGGGCGCGGCGGACGCGGGGGAGGGCGCGCUGGAGGAGGCAGUGGCGCUGUGGGUGGUGGCGGAGGAGGAGGGCGCGGGGCGCGCUGUGAGCCGCGCGCAGCUGGUGGGGAAGGCGAGGGAGCUGGCACGGGGGUGCGGCGUGGAGGAGGGGCGGUGCACUGAGGCAUGGGCGUGCAGGUUCGUGCGGCGGUACGGGCUGCUGCUGCUGCGCCUGGCUGAGGCACGCCGGGGCGCCGGGGAGGGGGGCGAUGGGGAGAGGACAGGAGUGGAGAAGGGGAAGGGCGGAGGGGCGGAAGGAAGAAGUGGGAGUGAAGUGGAGUGGUGGCGGAGAGGCAGGAGGAGGCUGAGGAAGAAAGUGAGGCGCAUGGGAACAGCGAGUGACGAUGAGGAUGCGGAGGGGGAGAACUUUGAGGAGGAGUAUGAGGAGGACUGGGCGGGGUUUGAUGGUUGUGAUGCUGCUGGUACUGCUGGUGCAGCUGGGGCUGCUGGUGGUGCUACUGCUGCUGCUGGGGCGAGCGCGAGCAGGAGCACGGGGUGGGAGAGGGACAGGCGGAUGGGGCUGCUGGCGGGGGUGGAGAACCCGUACCGCCAUGCACGCGCUCUGCUCAUGCGCCUGGCUCGCCACGAGGGCGCCAUGCUGCCCUCCCACGUGCUGGAGGAGGCCCUUCUGGACGCCCACCUGCUGCCGCCACUGCCAGCAUCAGAAUCACCAGUACCAGCGCCACGAGAGGACCACGUGCAGCGUGGCGAGUCAUCAGCGCCAGCAGCGCCAUCAGCGCCAGCAGCGCCAGCAGCGCCAGCAGAGGGACGUGAGGAGCCUGUGGGCCGUGCUGUGUCACAGGGAGAGGCGGUGGAGAGGCAAGGGGAGGCAGACCUGGGGCGAGCAGGGGAUGGUGGCGGUGGGAGAGGGGAGGGAACAGGGGAUGGUGGCAGUGGGAGAGAAGAGGGUGCAGUGGGUGGCACCGAACAGUCCCCAUCUCCUUGGCACGAUGAUGCAUGGCGCUCCGUGUCCCCUCUGCCCGCCAUGGACAGCCCCGAGCUGCAGGCGCUGCAGAGGGAGGUGAGCACCGAGAGCGUUGUGCUGCCCCACUUCCACUUCCACCGCCUGCCGCCCGCCUUCCGGGGCAGCACUGGUGGGGGAGAGGGGGCAGGUGGAAGGGGGGGGGAGCGAAGAGGAGGCGAGAGUGGAGGCGGGAGGGCUGAGGAGGAGGCGGGGGUGGAGCAGGAGGAGGGAGAGGGGGAGGGCGGGCGGGUGUACCUGGUGUGUGGGGAUGCGGCGGCAGGCGUGGUGGUGGAGCGGCAGCUGCCAGGCCUCACGCUGAGUCGCAUCAGAGCCAUCUGCCUGGCCGCCCUCGCCCGCCCCCACCUGCCCCACGCCCAGCUGCUGCACGCCAUCUUCCACGCCUGGGGGCUGGUGCUCUCCCCCCUUGACCUGCGCGCCAUCCUCGCCCAGACCUCCAGGUGGAUGGUGCUGCCGGGGGGCAUAGAGAGGGCGGGGGUGGAGGGGCGGGUGAAGGAGCGCGUGCAGAGGGAGGAGGGGCAGAGGGCGGGGCGAGUGGAGGUGGUGCUGCUGCAGUGGGUGCAGCAGCUGUCCGCCACCAUCCUCCUCGACCGCGCCCGCUUCUCCUUCCCGCCUGGCUUCCGCUGGGGCUCGCCUGCUGCUGAAGCCAGCAGUGCUGCUGCCGCCGGUGCUGCUGCUGGUUCUGCUGUCGCAGGUGCUGCUGCUGCAACUCUCGGUGGUGCUCAGAGUGGUGGCGGUGAUGGUGGUGGCGCUGCUGCUGCAGCGGGUGGGGUGAUGGAGGAGCACAUGAGGCGCCUCUUUGGCCCACUGGACCCAGGAGGGCCAUCCGCCACCACCGCCUAUCCCAAUCCCAAUCCUGAGGGCACCAUGAGUGCACGGAUGGGUAGGAGCCUGCUAGGGAAGCAUGGGGUGCCGUUCAUUCUCACGCGCCCCAUGCUGCGCCAGGCAGCGCGCCGCAUCGCCCCGCUGCUGUACCGCAGCGGAAGGGGCUGCCCGCGUUUCGAGCUCAAAUGGUGCCGCCGCUUCCUGUGCCGCCUCGAGGCCCUGCGGUCGCUCGCACGCCUGAAGCUCAGUUCUGGUGCUGGUGCUGGUGCUGGUGAUGGUGCUGCUGCUGGUGCUGGUGCUGGUGCUGGUGCUGGUGCUGGUGCUGGUGAUGGUGCUGGUGCUACAUAUGAUGGUGCUACAGCCAGGGAGCUGCAAGAGGAGGCGUGGCGAAGGCAUUUUCUGCAGCGGGUGGAGAGGCAUGUGCAGGAGUUGAGAGACGUGGAGCGAGGUGGGAGAGAAACGCGUGGAGCAGAUGAAACGGGUGGAGCAGAUGAAACGGGUGGAGCAGAUGAAACCCGUGGAGCAGAUGAAACCCGUGGAGCAGAUGAAACCCGUGGAGCAGAUGAAACCCAUGGAGCAGAUGAUUUGGGUGAAGCUAGACUGCAAGCAAGAGGAGAAGAGAGAGAGGAGGGAAAUGGUGGAGGGAGGCGAAGUGAGGGAGGAUACGAAACGGCUGGCGAGGUGCUGUCUGAAAAGGAGGCGGCGAAGGCACCGGUGGCCGUGGGGGCAGCAGCAGCAGUGGUGGUGGCGGCGGUGCAGAGGGCGCUGUGUGAGUGGGUGGCGGAGGGGGUGGUGGGGCGGCGAGCGGACGAGGAGGAGGCGCGGGAGCAGGCAGUGGUGGUGGGCGCGGUGCAGGCCACGUGGGGCGUGGCGGUGGGCGAGGAGCUGCUGGCUCUGCUGUGGCAGCAGCGCUCCCAGCUGCUGGGCCACGCGUGGGAGGGGCGCAUCAGAGCACGGCUGGCAGGUGGCGUGCAGCAGAGGGAGGGUGGCGAUGGGGAGAAGGAGGAGGCGAAGGCUGGGGAUGAUGGCGAGGGGCAGGAGAAGGGAAGGGUGGGGCAGGAGAAGGGGCAGGUGGGGCAGGAGAAGGUUCAGGUGGGGCAGGAGCAGGGGCAGGUGGGGCAGGAGAAGGGAAAGGUGGGGCAGGAGAAGGGAAAGGUGGGGCAGGAGAAGGGAAGGGUGGGGCAGGAGAAGGGGCAGGUGGGGCAGGAGAAGGGGCAGGUGGGGCAGGAGAAGGUUCAGGUGGGGCAGGAGAAGGGGCAGGUGGGGCAGGAGAAGGGAAAGGUGGGGCAGGAGAAGGGCGUUUAUGGGGACCCCAGCGCGGUGCUGCUGCAGUGGGUGGUGUGGCGGGACGUGCGUGCGCUGCUGCUGGCACUGGACGGGCCGCAGUGGCACGGCAGGCUGCUGGCACGCGUGGCAUGCAAGGUGUAUCGGGGGGUUGUAUGCAGGGCCGGGCAGGACCACUGCACCGUGCAUGCGGUGAAGCAAGGUGCAAGCAGGGACGGGCAGGGCCAGCGCACGGUGCAUGCGGUGAGACAAGGUGCAUGCAGGGAGAGGCAGGGCCAGCAGACGGCGCAUGCGGUAGUGCAAGGUGCAUGCAGGGAAGAUCAUGACGAGCGCUCGGUACAUGCAGUGGCGGAAGGUGCUUGGAGGGACAGGCCGGGCCAGCAGAUGGUACAUGCGGUGGCGGAAGGUGGAUGGAGGGACAGGCAGGGUCAGCGCACGGUGCAUGGAAUGGAGCAAGGUGCACGCGGAGGCGGGCAGGGUGAGCAGACGGUGCAUGCAGUGGCGCAAGGUGUGUGUGGUGGAGGUGGAGGGAAUGGGAAGAGGAGGCGUGCAGGGGAGGGAACGUGGGUGCGAUGCAGGCGGCGUGGAUGCUGGUACUUCGACCGCAGUGGGAUUGCUGAUGCUCAUGCUGGUGAUGAUGGUGGUGAUGGUGGUAAUAAUGAUGAUAGUGAUGAUGAUGAUGAUGAUGAUGAUGGUGGUGCUGGCGAUGGUGGUGGUGGUGGCGGUGGUGCUGGCAUGGGGUCAUGGGCACUCAGCGAGCAGCCAGUGCGAGUUCGAGCCGACCCAGCAGGGCGGCAGUACAGCGCAGUGCCUGCCUGCCAGGCACGGCCGAUUGCUCCCCACCCCACCCCGCCCACGGCAGGGGCAGCGCCGGCAGGUGCAGGAGCAGCAGCGACGGUGGGGGUGGGGCCAGAGCAGCACGGGCAGAGCACAGCAAUGGGUGCAUGGGGUGGCGCAGAGACAGCAGCAGCAGCAGCAGCAGCAGCAGGCAGAUGGCAGCAGGGGAACGCUACUCAGACUGUAGCAGCAAUGCCCGCACGCUCACACGCUCUCACCACGCCAUCAGCCGCUUGCCCCAUGCCUGCUUCUCUGCCCCUACGCUUCUCUCCUCUGCAGGCAUUGCAGCUGAUUGAGCAUCUCAUGCAGCCCUUCGCAGCACAGGGGGGCUCUCAGCCCACCCCCACACAGCCCUGCCCCCCAGCGGCCUAUCCGCCCACCUCUUAUCAGCCUGGAUCCUAUCAGACCACCUCAUGCCAGCCCACCUCUUAUCAACCCACCUCUUAUCAACCCAAAUCUUAUCAACCCAACUCUUAUCAACCCACCUCUUAUCAACCCAGCUCGCAUCAACCCAGCUCUUAUCAACCCACCUCUUCUCAGCCCAGCUCUUAUCAGCCCAGCUCUUAUCAACCCACCUCUUAUCAACCCACCUCUUAUCAACCCACCUCUUAUCAACCCACCUCUUAUCAGCCCAGCUCCCGUCCGCUUGGCACACACCAACAAAGUCGUUACCACCGCUCCAGUGCUUCCCAACAGCCUUUUCCCCCCUCUCACCCUCCCCACUCUCACCCUCCCCCCUUUUACCCUGACACCUCUCACCUUCCCCCAUCUCACCCUCCCCACUCUCACCUCCCCCUCUCUCACCUUUCCCCAUCUCUCACCCUCCCACGCGUUGGGGGUCAGGAAACGGGAAGGAUGGAGGGGAGGAAACAGAAGUUCAAGCGAUUAAAUCGGGCACCUGGAGAGGUUCGGUUGGAGCGGCGGGCAGGGAAACGGGCAGCUAAAGGAUCGGCUUUUCAGAAUGCAUGGUUGAAGUUGAUGGUGCGAGGGGGCGAGCAGGGCGAGGAGGGCGAGGAGGGCGAGGAGAGACAGGAGGGUGAGGAGGGACAGGAGGGAGAGGAGGGAGAGGAGGGUGAGGAGGGAGAGGAGGAGAGGCAGCGAGACAGGGGGAAAUCGAAGCGCAAUGGGAAGCAGAGGAGGGUUACAUGGGGGGAUGCGCGCAAGGGAGUGAAUGGCAGGCGGGAUAGAAAGGCAGGGGUUGAUGGUAGAAGCAGUGGUGGCGAUAGCAGUAGUGACAGUGAGAGCAGUGCGAGUGGGAGUGAGAGUGGGAGUGAGAGUGGGAGCGAGAGUGACGGGUCUGAGGAGGGCAGCAGAGAUGAGAGCACACAGGGUGGGGGCGCGAGCAGCAGGCGGGGGAGGUUGCAUCCAGGGCUGGAGUUCUUCGUGCAGGCAGAGGCAGCAGGAGCCAUGCAGGGCACACCUGGGGAAGGUACAUCUGUGCCGCUCCCUCUCUCCCAGAAUCUGGCUGAAGCAGUGGUGGAGACGGCACUUGUGGUGGCAGCAGUGGCCACUCCUGCUGCCACUGCUCCUGCUGCCACUGCUCCUGCUGCCACUGCUCCUGCUGCCCCUGCUCCUGCUGCCACUGCUCCUGCUGCCACUGCUCCUGCUGCCACUUCUCCUGCUGCCACUGCUCCUGCUGCCACUGCUCCUGCUGGCACUGCUGCUGCUGCUGCUGGCACUGCUGCUGCUGCUGCCGGUGGCACUGCUGCUGCUGCUGCUGCUGCUGCUGCUGGUGGUGGCGGCAUGGAGGCGAUUGUGACACCAGGAGUGGUGAGAGCCAUGGGGGGCAUGGGGCCCCCAAGCAGGCUGCAUGGCUCUCAUCAUCCACCCGGGAUGGCUGCCACUGCUUCCGAUGCUGCCAUGGCUUUGCUACGCCAGGCGAGAGGUGAAGCGCGCCUGGAGUCGCCCUAUGACGAAGGCGAGGGCAACAGUCAAGCGGUGAGUAAUCCUUUGGACGAGCUCACACGUGAUUUCGAAGAGGAAGACAGGCAGCGAGCGGCAGCAGUGCCAGUUGCAGUAACGACGAUCAAGAUUAAACCCGUCAACCCGCCCCCGUUUAAUCCUACGGACAAGACGACUACAGUAAAGGGGUGGCUUUUCGGUGUUGAAGUCUUAUAA